GGCGGAAGCCGGAAAGGGGGCGGUGUAAUCGAUGUUGCGCUUGCGCGUUUCUUGAUUGAAGUAUGGUUUGUGUUUGCGCGGCGGGCAGUGCAGCGCGAAUGACAAGCUGAAGUCUUGUAAGUAAGUCUCAGUUUUACGCUUUGAGAGAGAGAAGCGGCCCUACAGACCCGGAUUAAAGUUUAACUGCUGUGUUUUAUGUAAAGUGUAAAGAUGUCCCGGAAGGUUUCCAAAAAGGUCAAUAUUUCCAGCUCCUUGGAAUCUGAAGAUUUAAGUCUUGAAACUACAGUUCCUACUGAUGACAUCUCAUCGUCUGAAGAGCCAAAUGGCUCAACUAAAAUAACCAGGCAACUGAUUGAGAGGAAAGAACUUCUUCAUAAUCUCCAACUUUUGAAGAUAGAAUUGUCUCAGAAAAACCUGAUGAUUGACAACUUAAAAGGGGAAUAUUUGACUAAAAUAGAAGAACUUGAAGAGAAGCUGAAUGACACACUUCAUCAGAAACAUUUAUUGGCGUUACGGUUAGACACACAAACUAAAUUACAACAGGAAGAUGCCAGGAAACACCAGGAACUAAUGAAAAAAGAGAUGGAAACAAUAUUAUUAAGACUUCAACAGUCUGAAGAGACCAAUCGACAGCUAAGAGAACGUGCAGGUGAUAUCCGCUGUAGUUUACGGGAUCUUGAGUUAACAAAAGAAACCUUUGAGGAACUAAGUACUCUUCCCGAAGAUCAACUGUCCAUUCCUGAAUACGUUGCUAUUCGUUUCUAUAAAGUGGUUCAGCCACUAAAGGAUAGAUCACAUGACCUUACUGUGAAAAAUGAAAAACUACUGGAAGAGCUGAAGGACUAUAAAAAGCAGCUAAGGAGUAUGACCGAGCAUUAUGAAGACGAAAGGAAAUGUCGCUCUGAAUUGGAGAUAAGAUGCCAGAGAUUAGCCCUUCAGCUGGCUGAUACUAAACAGUUGAUUCAACAAGGAGACUAUAAACUGGAAAAUUAUGACAAAGUUAAAAGUGAACGAGAUGCCAUUGAGCAUGAGCUAUUUGAACUUAGGAAGAAUUUUGAAAUACUAGAUGUUUCAUACAAGGCACAAUUUAAAGAUAAGAAUGAUUUGGUGCAAGAGGUUGCCACAUUGCGUCAGUCUGUGUCUUUGCUGCAGAAGGAUAAGGAAUUUCUUAGUCGUCAGAACAUGGAGCUAAAUGUACGUUGUGCUCAUGAACAAGACCGAAUGGAAAGACUUCAAGCACAGAUGGAAGAUGCAAAAAAAGCAAGAGAAGAAAUGUAUGAGAAAUAUGUUGCUUCUAGAGACCAUUAUAAAACAGAGUAUGAAAACAAACUUCGUGAUGAAUUGGAACAAAUAAGAAUGAAGACAAAUCAAGAAAUUGAACAGCUGCGUGGAGCAUUGAAAGAGAUGUAUGAAAGAGAAAACAGAAAUUUACGAGAAGCGAGAGACAAUGCAAUAGCUGAAAAAGAAAGAGCAGUUGUAGCUGAGAAAGAUGCCCAAGCAAAAUAUGAUCAACUACUUGAACAGUACAGGCAGUUGCAACUAAGUACAGAGAGCAAAGUAUCUGAACUUUUUCAUCAAACAAAACUUAAGUCCUUUGAAUCUGAACGUUCUCAUAUAUUACAGGAGGAGGCAGUGGAGAACCUACAGAAGUGUCAAAUAGAAUGUGAAAAAUAUCAGAAAAAACUAGAGGUUUUAACUAAAGAGUUUUAUAGUCUUCAAGCAAGUACAGAAAAGCGAGUUACUGAGCUACAAGCUCAAAAUUCCGAGCACCGUGCAAGACUUGAGACCUAUGAAAAACUGGAACAGGAGCUCGAUGAAGUUAUAAUGCAGUCUGCAGAAAUGGAGGAUGAGGUUGAAUGUGAAAGAGUUUUAUUUUCAUAUGGUUACGGAGCAAAUGUCCCUACUACAGCUAAGCGGAGAUUAAAACAAAGUGUUCACCUUGCUAAAAGACUCCUGCAGAUUGAGAGACAGAACUCUUUGUUGAUUAAAGAAGUGGAGCAACAGAAAGCACAUGCAGCACAAACUUUAUUGGAGCUGGAAAGAGCAAACUCUUUGCUGAGUCAAGUUCAGCAGCCAUAUCAGUACCUGAUUGAGUCUGUUCGUCAGAGAGAUACCCAAAUUGAUUCACUGAAGGACCAAAUUUCUAAGCUUGAACAAGAUGUCACGUUCCCUGGACUUGUGUAAUGUAAUGUAUUUGCUGCAACAUAUACGUCCAUUCAACUUUAAAUUUCCCGCUGUAUGCAAAUUAGCCUGAUCGAAGACCUCUAACGAAGUUGCACUCUGCAGAAUUGAACGCUAUCGCAUCUUCGCUUUGAUUUGCUCGCAUUGCCAAAGUAAUGCUAGUGAAAAUUCGCCAGCGUUCCGGACCCUGGAUGAAACAUCGUAUUUUAAUAGCAUUGUCUGAUCGAAUGUUUGGCUGGCGAAGUGUUGCGAUGGCUGCAAAGACACAUCGCUGACGAGUUUUCGCCGCUUAGUAAAUUUACCCCUAGGAAGGGAUUUCAAGAAUAGGGUUUUUAAUAGGCGAGUUUUGUACCUGUCUCUUUAAAGAUUGAUUUUACUGACCGUUUUAUUAUCAGGAUUGGCUAAAAGCAUUUAGUUUCUGCAGACUGACUUGGCUAUGGCUUACAAAUGACUUGAUAUAAAAAAGAAAAUCCCAUGCUUCUACAAAUAUGUCCCAGGGUUUUGCAGGAAAAUUUGCAAACUUUGUAAACACACUU